UAUGAAAGUCUCGAGUCUCUCGAAAAAGAAAGAAAAAGGAAAAAGGAAAAAGAAAUCGGUGAGAAAAGUAUUUGCAGUGAUAGUCGGUCCACUGAGAAUUGGGUUUUUGAGUCUUUGUUUUUGCAUCUAUUAGUGCAGAUUUUUUGUCUGGUUGGUUUCGGCUUUCCCCUGCCUUCAGGCAGGAGAGGGUUGUUUGCUGAAUAUUUGGUUUUGCCUUCCUUGCUCUCACUCGAAUUUCUCGCCUUCUUAGAGCGGUGAAUUUCGUUUUUGUUUUCUUUUUAUUGCUUUGUUCGUUUUUGCAGGGUUGUUUGCUGGGUUUUUAGUUUUUGCAGGUUUUGAAGGAGCUCUUUGACUCUGAAACGCAUACAUUUCGGGAGAGCACUGCUGCGCCUGGUCUGAAUAGAGACACGUUGUCAAGUUGUUACUUUUCUUUGUGCUUGCAAUCUUCUUUGGAUCAAGAAACAAUCCUGCGAAACAGAAGAAGCAAUGGCUGGAAGGCCAGGGAAGAAAGGGACAUGCGAUCUCUGCUCCAAAGGAAAUCGGUUUACUGAGAAAGAGAUUUGCAUCGUCUGCAGUGCAAAAUACUGUUGUCAUUGUGUUCUCAGAGCGAUGGGUUCAAUGCCACAAGGAAGAAAAUGUGUUUCUUGCAUAGGUCAGAGGAUUGACGAGGCAAAGCGAAAGGACUUGGGUAAAUGUUCUCGGAUGCUGAAGCGACUAUUGUGCGAAAUUGAAGUUAAACAGAUCAUGAAAUCUGAGAGAUUAUGCCAAGCAAAUCAGCUGAACCCUGAGCUCGUUUAUGUGAAUUGCCAGGCUCUUUCUCAACAGGAGCUUUUCCUUUUGCAGACCUGCCCAAACCCACCAAGAGAACUCACACACGGACGCUACUGGUAUGAUAAAUUUUCAGGCUUCUGGGGAAAGGAAGGAAAGAAACCUUGCCAAAUAAUCAGUCCCAGUUUAGCUGUUGGGGGGCAUCUGCAAACAAAUGCAAGCAAUGGAAACACAAACGUGUUGGUAAAUAAUCGUGAGAUCACUAAAGUGGAGCUCCUGAUGCUGCUGUUAGCAGGAGUGAAAUGUGAAGGAGAAACUCACCUUUGGGUUAAUGCAGAUGGGUCCUAUCAGGAAGAGGGAUCAAGUGCUAUAAAGGAAAAUAUAUGGAUAAAGACAAGAGUAGGAAAGCUAGUUCGUGCCAUCUUGUCUUUGCCAAGUGCUCCUCUUGAGCGAGUUACUGGGAAAAAUGUGGGUAUGGAACUUGAGCAUGGACUUUACAGUCCUCUUCUAGUUGGCAGUGGUUUCUCGGGCACUGAACCUGAUCAGCCUGCUUGACAACAUUAAUUUCCAGUUUCACUUGUAUUUUCUUCUGUCCAAUUGAAGUUAAAGUCUAUGCUAAGUCAAAGAUUGUUCAUCUAAAUAAAGAAGAGAAAAAAUUGAGGGAAAGAAAAGGUAUAUUUUACAAAAAGGAUGUAACAUUAUGUUGUACAAUAUUUAUUGCUGCUUUUCUCUGUCUUGAGUCUGGACAAAUGGGAAAUUGAAACUUGAUUGUUUAUACAUAUGCAAUUCAAGG